UGAGUUUUCUAUCAGGCUAAAUGUAUUUAUAACUUACUAGGGGUUGAAUUGGUCGGUAAACAGCCUGGUAAAUCAGCAGUGAACACAGCUGGAUCACUAAAUGCCAGUGAGAGAAACAUUCCAUCUCUCCAUGAACAGACGACAUCACACUGGUAGGAGGAGGCGUGAGGACCGAUGCGAGGCCGAAGCCCAGCCCAAAAACUCGGUUCAGCUCGGUACCUGCACCACAAUGUGUCCGAUCUCUGAGCUGAAGCACAGAGAAGCACAGAGACGGCUCCACCGUUUCGAGAUGGUCAGUGGUACGGAGCGGGAUCGGGUACCCCGUGCUGAUCCCUCCCGUGCCGUUAAAGAGUACUCCCGGCCUGCGGCAGGCAAGGACAGCACCAGAGCCUGUGAUCUGCGGUCUCCUGGUGUGCUGUUAAAAACGGUGUGUUACCUGGUGGAUGAGAUAGUGGCCUCCACCACCCUUCAGCCCUGGACUGAGGUCUACAGCUUCGUGUUUGACCGUUUGCGCAGCGUGAGGCAGGAUAUGAUCAUCCAGCGUGUAUCUGGCCAGGAGUGUGUAGCCAUCCUCGAGAGAACCGUGCGCUUCCUGAUCUAUGCCUCGUACCGGCUAUGCAGCGAGCCGCUGCGUCUGUUCGACCCCCGCAUCAACGACACACACCUGCAGGAGUGUCUUAGCUGGCUGCUGGAGUGCUACAGGGAGGGACAGCAUCAGAAUCAGGCAGAAUUCCAGGCCCUCAGCCUGCUCUACAACCUGGGUUCAUCACACACUUUGCAGCGUGCCCUUGAGCUACCAGAGCGGGUGCGUCUCUCUCCCCCGGUUCAGUUGGCCCUGGCAGUAAAUAGAGCCUAUUCAGAACGUAACCCUGUGCGUCUGCUCCGCCUAACCCAGAAGCUAAACUUCCUGCAGGGUUGUGGCCUUCAUCGACACCUUCUUUCCUGCAGAAGGGACCUUCUAUUGCUCUACAGCCAUGGACACAGCAGUCGAAACUGCCGCUACCCUGUCCGAAAGUUAGCGGAAAUUCUCUCACUGGAGUGUUCUCUAGCUGCUCAGCUUUGUAAGGCUCAUGGGAUCCAGGUCAAUGAGGAGUGGGCGGUCUUCUCAAAAACUUCCUUUACCGAGGGUCCGUCUGAAGAGGUGGAUUGUGUAAAUAUGCACAAAUUAGUGGAUGAGAAGCAGCAAGACGUUUCACUUGGCAACAUCAUACAUGGCAUUGCUUAAAUUGACUUUUUAAAUUACGUUUUUUACCUUCUUUAUUUAUUUUAGGACGUUUUACUACAGCUCACUGUUAAAUCAGGUUUGUUGUACCUGCAGUUUGUUCAGUCUUACAUAAACUUCAU